CUCCCAAACCCAACCCACGCGAAAAAAAAAAUCCGAACCCACCGAUCCCGCACCCGGUCCCGGCCGGCAGGCUCGCCGAGUCAACGGCUUGAGUGCGCCUGCCAGGCUGCCACCCUCGCCUCGCUAAGAACAUGGCUUCUCAGUCUCUUCUCUCUCUGUCUCGUUCCGCUUCGGAAAAGCCAGAAACUUCCGAGGCCCAAGAAAAAGCUGCCAUCUUUAAUCAAUCCCCCUCCCCCCCCCGCCCGUGACGCUCGCCGCCGGAGCCGGGAGCCUACGGCGAGUCUCUUCGCGGGUCUUGGCUGGCGCGGCCGGGGAGUCUCUGUUUGCUGGGGUGGCCUAUUCCGGCGGCUUCCGGUUCGUUGCUGAGGUCGCCUCGCCCGUUGGAUUCGUCCAUCUCGCCGUGGCUCAGGAUGCGAUGGCUGUUGUUGAAUGUCGAUGAAAUCUGUUCAUAGACACUGAACUGCAUCUCAAUUAAAUGAAACAUUGCACAGCGGUGUAUACCAAUAGUUUGAAACACGUCAGCAAUGAGUUGUUUUUCUUUCGUUUUCAAGAGGAAAAGGGGGCCCCAACAACAAAACAAUCCAUCUAAUGAUGACUUCUAUGGUGCGAAUAUAACAAGAUACACCUAUAAGGAACUGGUUAGAGCAACAUCGAAUUUUGACCGAUCCCAUAAGAUUGGUGAGGGAGGUUAUGGACCUGUGUACAAGGGAACUCUCAAGGAUGGAACAGCCAUUGCAGUAAAGGUUCUGUCUUUACAUUCUAGACAAGGUGCAAAGGAGUUUCUUAAUGAGCUUCUUGCAAUAUCUGAUGUAACACAUGAGAAUCUUGUCAAACUCUAUGGCUGCUGUGUAGAAGGAAGCCACAGGAUCCUUGUCUACAAUUAUCUUGAAAAUAACAGCCUUGCGCAAACUCUUCUAGGUUCUGGGCAUAGCAACAUCCAAUUCAACUGGAGAACUCGAGUUAAUAUUUGCAUCGGUGUUGCCGAGGGAUUAGCAUUCCUCCACGAUAGUGUCCGCCCUCACAUUGUUCACCGCGACAUCAAAGCGAGCAAUAUACUUCUUGAUAAAGAUCUUACACCAAAAAUCUCUGAUUUUGGUUUGGCAAAGCUUCUUCCGUCAGAUGUAUCACAUGUUAGCACAAGAGUUGCAGGAACACUAGGUUACUUGGCUCCCGAAUAUGCCAUUAGAGGACAAGUGACACGGAAGGCAGAUGUCUACAGCUAUGGCGUUCUGCUUGUAGAAAUAGUCAGUGGAAAAUGUAACACUGAUACAAGAUUGCCCUACGAUGAUCAGAUUCUUCUUGAGAAGACUUGGAGAUAUUACGACCAGGGCCAUCUGGAGAACAUCAUAGACGGUUCUCUUGGCGACGACCUGGACGUCGACGAAGCCUGCAGAUUCCUGAAGGUCGGGCUCCUGUGCACCCAGGACGUCACGAAGCGCCGGCCGGGCAUGUCCACGGUGGUCGCGAUGCUGAGAGGCGAGGCGGACGUGGGCGCGGAGAAGAUCAGCAAGCCCGACGUGGUCAGGGACUUCAGAGACCUCAAGCUCCGGAGCGAGGCCACGUCCUCCACGCUGCUGACCUCCAUCAUGGGGCGCUCUUCUCCGCUGUCGUCUGAAGAGACGACACGGACCUCCAUCACAUUCACCGCGAUAUCGGACCGCGACUGAUCGCCGAUGAGGGUGUCUGCAGACGAGAAUUCUUCAACUAUGUAGAGGAAAACGUAACAUAGGCCAGAAUUCUUUUUGGUGCUUGUAUGAUUUGUGUGUAUAGAUAUAUUCCACUCUGUUAGACUAUAUGGUAGUUAUACCACGAAUCACGCGUAUACUUUUGGAUAUCGCCCUUCCUAAUCUCCUGGGUAUUUGUUUCUAUAAACCGGUCUUGAGAUAUGGAAAGGUUGGACCUAUAUAUGUGACCCCUCAUGCUAUCAAUCAAUCUAUCACGUGAAUUAUAUC